CAGAUGACAUUUGACGGUGGUCGGGUACGAUCGGUCGACAGAAUUUGUUAAAAAGUAACGUGACAAGAGUAAAUCGUGCAGGAAUUUUCCUAAUUAAAGAUCGAGACGCGCUUUUUCAAUCGACGAAGGGAACGAUCGGCAUCGUCAAUUUCGUCGUGAGUUGAACGACGUCGAAACGGCUAGGCUUAUCAAUUGCUGUUACGUACUACGUCAACAGCUGACCUCGGGUUGCCUCGGGCUGGCUGUGACUAGCUGGUGACACGCCGAGAGGAUGGCAGACGCCGCCGUUAAUCUUAUAAUAAAGGCACCAAAUCAACAAAUCAAAGAUCAGAUAGUUAAAUGCGAUCUCGGCUGGACUAUUGGUCGUUUGAAGGAAUAUCUGUCCGAAGUCUAUCCCAGCAAACCAGAAAGUUCACAUCAGAAAUUGAUCUAUUCCGGUCAGUUAUUAAACGAUUCUGCACAAUUGAAGGAUGUCUUGAGACAAUGCGAUGGUUCAGAGGAUCAAGCGUAUACCGUUCAUCUAGUCUGUACUCCACAAAAGAUGUGCGCUGCUCAGGCUACGUCGGAUCAAAAUCAAUCAACUGAAAUAAAUAUAGAUGCUGGAUCUGCAAUAAGAAAUACUCAUAUCAGAAAUAACACUAUUCAAAAUCAAAAUCAAGAGAAUGCUAAUGUUACUGCAGCUCAGCAUCAACAAUACUUAUCUCAGCAGUAUCUUGAUCCUCGAAAUAGUCAACAGUUAGCUUGGUUGCAACAGGCAUAUACACAUUAUUUUACACAGUAUAUGCAAUUAAUGGCAGCGCAAGGUGUACAGUUGCAAGCCAGUAUUCCAUAUCUGCAGCAAAUGAAUAUCAAUACAAGUGAUACGGCUCAACAUACAUACACGAGCAAUAAUAAUAACAAUGUUGGUGAUGAGCAACCCCAACCAGUUGCUCAAGAUGCAGCCGAUGUCAAUGCAGGAAAUAAUGGUGCAGGCGAGGAUGCUGCAUUUAACCGCGACUGGUUGGACUUCUUCUACAUGUUAUCUAGAAUCGUUGUUCUAUUUGGUAUAGUGUAUUUCUAUUCAUCCCCACUCAGGUUCCUCAUCGUCACGUUUCUGGGAUUUGCAAUAUAUUUAUAUCAAGGUGGGUUCUUUAGGGUACAGCCAAUCCUAUUGGCUGAAAAUAACAACGGACGCGCAGACAACAACAAUCAAGUAUUACAGAACGAAGUAGUAGGUCCUCAGGCUAUGCCGCAACAGCAAAACGCUCAAGUGCCAACCGUGCAACCAGAAGCACGAACAAAUGCCAAUGAAGAGAAUGAAGAACAACGUCCAGGCGCUCUUGCCUUUACUUGGACCUUCUUUAGUUCGUUUUUUGCCUCGCUUAUUCCAGAUCAGCCAAAUGUCAUUUAAUCCCGCCCGAAUAUAAAAUCGACAUUCUUUUCUUCUAUACUUAUAACGUAAAGACUGGAGAAGAUGACUUUGUCAUGAUAUAUAUCAGGUUUUUAAAAUAUUUAACAGUUUGUAGAAUCAAAAGUGCUUAAACUCGUGAUUAAUUCAAUACAUAUAUUCCUAUGAAAGUCUGAUCAGUUUUAUGGUAUCC